AUGUCUCUAAGACGUUUUUCCACAUUACUUCUAAGGCGUUACUGUACAGCCAAGCCAAACAAGGAAUGGAUAAAGGACAAGGAUAUUGCGGUCACAGCACUGAGACCCAAAAAGGCGAAAUCUGAUCGGAUAUACCAGCACCAAAACUUUUCAGAUAUAAAAAUGAUACGAACGGUGGGCGGUAAAGGUGGUGACGGUUGUAUUUCAUUUCUUCAGCUGUGGUGUAACGAAAGAGCCGGUCCUGAUGGUGGUGAUGGCGGUAACGGUGGUCAUAUAAUAUUCGAAGCAUCCAGCAAUGUCUCAAAUCUUUAUCACAUAUCCAACAAAAUCCACGGAGAUGAGGGACAAAAGGGUACCGACAAAAAUUGUCAUGGCAAAAAUGCUAAACACACCAUCGUCAAGGUGCCCAUUGGCACUAUCAUUCGCAAUGAAUCGGGAGAAAUUAUUGGUGAUCUUAGUCGUGAGGGUAUGAUGUUUAUUGCUGCGCGUGGUGGAGCCGGUGGCAAGGGCAAUGCUUUCUUUGCCAGUGAAAAACAAAUUGCUCCAAAAAUAUGUGAACAUGGACCACCGGGAGAAGAUUUCAAUUAUAUAUUGGAAAUGCGUUGUAUAGCCGAUAUUGGUAUUAUUGGUUUUCCAAAUGCCGGCAAAAGUACCCUGCUGAAUGCCAUUAGUAGAGCAAGGCCCAAAGUAGCCCCAUAUGCUUUUACAACAUUACGUCCAAAUAUUGGUAUGAUUCAAUAUGCUGAUAAUUUCCAAUUAGCUGUUGCCGAUCUUCCUGGCAUUAUCCCUGAUGCACAUCGUAACAAAGGCCUGGGAUUGCAAUUUUUAAAACAUGCAGAACAUUGUACAGCAUUAAUGUUUCUAUUGGAUGCAAGCGCACAGGAACCAUGGAUUCAAUAUGAAACUUUGUUAUAUGAAAUGAGUCAAUUUAGUGAAAAGUUGGCCAGCUAUCCAAAAAUAGUCGUAGCAAAUAAAAUAGAUAUGCCCGAAGCAAAGGAAAAUCUAUUGGAACUAAAGGAGAAAAUUAAUAUGCCUGUGAUAGGUAUUAGUGCCAAAAUUGGUACAAAUUUGAAGGAACUCCUAAAGGCAAUGAGAAUAAUCCAUGAUGAAAAGAAGGCUGUAAUGAAUGAAUAA